GAGAGAGAGAGAGGGAGAGAGAGAGAGGGAGGCUUGAUUGUUCAUGUGGGAGGUGCUUGACUGUGUGUGCAGGACAGAAUCACAAAACUGAGAGAGGGAGAGGCACAGAAAAAGAGCAGCAGUGUGGUGGCCUCCCGUUGGACCUUGGAGAAUGGCGGGGAUGAGCACGUGAAGGAUGGCGCGGCGUGUGACAUAAUCCGUGCGUUUAGCUGCCGCGUGUGUCCAGCACUCCUCCCUGCGCUGGUGGGGGCCGCCGGCUGACCCGCUGCUCUGCGCCAUGUCGUCCCUGUACACCCGCAGCAAGGAUCUGUUUUACACCAGGAGGUCGCCGUCGGACCUGCCGCUGUCCAGCCGCUCGCUGACAACCCGGAGCCUCAGUGAAAGGACAUCUAGGGUGGCAGCUGGACUGGGCUCCACUCCCCAGGACGGUGCCACAGACAGAGGGCUGGUCCGUUCCACCUCCUACACCAUCCCGAGGGAGACCCCAGUGGUGAACCUGAGCCGGGUGCAGGACAAGGCUGAUCUGCAGAACUAUAAGAAGAUGUACGAGGGCGCCCUGGCCGAGAACAAGAAGCUGAAGUCCAGGUUGGAAGUCAGCAAGCAGGAACUGACCAAGAUCCAGACGCAGGUGGACAAAAUCACCCAGAAACAUGACAGGAUAUCUGAAAUGGUGCUAGAGACAGAGAAGAAGGAAAAACGGGUGCUGGAGAAACAGGUUUCAGAAAUGGAGGAGAAGUUCAAGAUGCUGACGAACCUGAAAUCCGAAAACCAGAAGCUGAAGGACGAGAACGGAGCCCUGAUUCGCGUCAUCAGUAAGCUGUCCAAGUGAAGGGGGUCCCCACGUCACAGUUCCUCUUCCCAGCUGCCCAGUGCUAUUGGGAAUGCUGGGAAUAGAGGUGCAAGACCAGCAGCCUGCUUCGCAUGGGAGUUCCCCACUUUGCUCUUCAACACUAUAUUCACUUUGCUUGAAUCCUGAUAUUUUUCUGUUCAUUUCACUACAAGUCAAUGAUAAGGUGCCUCCCUGUGGUGACUGUUGAUGAGAAAAGGACCUCUGUGCUUCUCAGAGUUUCCGCACAGGCUCACACACUUGAUUGACUUUUCCCACCAUAAUACCAAAGCUUAAUUUUUAGUGGGCAUGAAUAAAACUCCCUGUAAGGACAUCGCUGUCCCCCAAUAAGCUCCCAUCCCCCAGCAGAUGGAUCUGCUCACCAACCAAAGGGAUUCUUGCACUAUUUUCUCCAAUAAUUAUCUUCUACAGCUAAAGUAAUAAAGUAUCUCUUUUUAUUUAAAAUUACUUUCACCUAAUGAGGAAUGUAAAUGUGUAAUUGGUGGAUCAGAUGAGACAUUUUUGCAGGAUAAUCCAAGAUCGUAUAAUUAAUGGGUUUUUUUUUCCCUUAAGGAACAUAAUGUUUUGUUAAAAAAAAAUCUAUACAAUAAAAUAUAACAGAAAGCCCAUUCUGAUAAAAAGUAAUGUUUGAUUGUUCAAAGAAGAAUUUUGAAUACCCUACAUUUUUUAAUUUAAUCAGUGCAUAUUUAAGGCUCCCUCUCCCGUUUCUUACUUGUUAUUUCUCGAUUCUUUUUCUUAGGCUGCUCCUCUUUGUUUAUAAAUAUUUAUAAAACAUUGUAAUCUUCACAUCCAUACUGCCUGUCCCUUUCAGGGUCUCUGAUAGGCUGGCCCUUAUCCCAGGAAGUGCAGGGCAGGGGACAGCCAGGAGAGGGUGCUCUUCCGCCACAGGCCACACACACAGUCACACGCUAUGGUCAGUCACCCAGGUCACAGGGAGAACAUGUCAAGAGCAGCUGCCUAAAACCCUGGAAGUGUGAGGCUUCAGCAAAUGGACAAAUACAUGACAGUUUUUAUAGAACUGGCCCUUGAACUAUUGCAAAUUUGUCGUGGUCAGAAGAUUGCAGAAAAGGUUCAGGGGUAGAAAAGGACGGAUUCGUGAUGAAGGCAGACAUGAAAGCAACACACUUUACCACUGCAAUUCGGCAGGGUAAUGAAAGAAAUAAAGUAGAGUGCUAUGAUUGGAGCUUUGGAGAAAGGAGGGCACUGUGAUUGGAGCUUUGGAGAAAGGAGGGUGCUGUGAUUGGCGUUUUGGAGAAAGGAGGGCAAUCUCAUUCAUGACUCUCAUUCUGGUGUAAGGUCCUAGAUUCCAAAGGUGAGAUGUUCUGUCCCUCCUGAGACUUUGUCAUUUUGCUAAUAUUAAAGAUCAAACCUGAUUAGAUCUCUUUGGUCUGACCCUUCCAGAUCCUGUGUAUUUUCCUUUGACAAAUUAGCUUGUACAUGCUCCUACAAUAAUUAUGUUAUUAUGAGAAGUCGCCUGACAUAUGCCUUUGGGGUCAUUCUGACCCCAGGGUACGGGUGAGAGUGAGGGGUGUGACACAUUUCCUGAUCCUGUUAUGCUACAAUCAUGCUUCUCAUUUAAUCUCGGGACAGUUUGUGUAUCGAGUCUUUUUCAUAGCACAAGGAGACUGACCUCUAUAAGGAGUCUGCCUCAAACGGUAAAAAAUGACUUGUUCCCCAAAAAUAUACUUUUUCCUUAUCAAUAGAGUCAGUGGCCUGUUUAUUAGGUACACAUUCUUGUUAACAUGAACAGCCUGCUCCACCAAAGAAAAAGGCGCAAAAGGUUCUGUUAUUGUUUGGCUAAGCUUUGGAAUGGUUAAGGUGGCUGAUUUAUGUGAUGUUGAAUGUGGUGUUAUUGCUCCUUUCAGACGUGCAGGUUUUAGAGUCUGCCCUCCUGGGAUUUUCACAUACUACAGUGUCUAGAGUUUAGGGGGUUUGGUGCAAUAAGCAAAAAACAUCCAGUCAGCUGCACUUCUUUUGGAAAAAAAUGCUGUGUUACUGAGUGAGGUCUGAGGAGCAUGGCCAGACUCGUUAAAACUCAAUGGAUUGCCACAAAUGCAAAAACAUUCAGUGCAGUACAACAGUAGUGUGCAAAAAUACUUCUUUGAAUGCCCAAUUGGCCUACCAUUGAAGCCCGUCUGGUGGCAGUACCAUAUACCUAAUAAAGUUGUUGCUGAGUAUCGCAUCACUAUGUCAGACAUACCUCCAGCACCACAGUACCCAGCUCAAACAAUGUGGAACUCUUUAAGAAUGAACACAUGUAUAUAAAAUAAUUCACAAUAUAGCAUAUUUAAUUUAUACACUUACCACACAAAAUAUAUACAAUCUGGCUGUAUCUUUAUUAUUAUGAUUCUAUACAUCUUGUUCAAUAAAAUUAAAAAAAACAUUUACAAAUGGCAAAAGAAAUAUAAUUAUAGAUAAAUACUAAGUACAUAUAAAUCAUUUAAACAACACCCUAGAAUUUCAACAGGCAGACACACAGAAGUCGUAUGUUUACACAUCUAACGAAAUUAAAAUCAGAAUUUUAUACAAUA